AUGGCGGCCUCGAACAACCCGCGGAAAUUCAGCGAGAAGAUCGCGCUGCACAACCAGAAGCAGGCGGAGGAGACGGCGGCCUUCGAGGAGGUCAUGAAGGACCUGAGCCUGACCCGCGCGCACCGGCUACAGCUGCAGAAAACCCAAUAUUUGCAACUGGGGCAGAGUCGUGGCCAGUACUACGGGGGGUCAUUGCCAAAUGUGAAUCAGAUUGGGAACAGUGCCAUGGAUCUCCCUUUCCAGCACAACGGAGCUGUGGCUGAAGCCUUUGGAGCAGUUCCUGUCUCUUUGACCCCGUUCCAGUCGUCGGCGCUGGACACGAGCAGGACCACGCGGCACCACGGGCUGGUGGACAGAGUGUACCGGGACCGGAACCGCCUGGGCUCGCCGCACCGGCGCCCCCUGUCCGUGGACAAGCACGGCAGGCAGGUGGACAGCUGUCCCUAUGGCACCGUGUACCUGUCACCACCAUCAGACACCAGCUGGAGGAGGACAAAUUCUGAUUCUGCCUUGCACCAGAGCACCAUGACUCCAGCUCAGCAGGAAUCCUUUUCUGGAGGGUCACAGGACAUGCAGCAGAAAAGAGUUUUAUUGCUGACUGUCCCUGGAAUGGAGGAAACCUCCUCUGAUGCAGACAAAACCCUCUCCAAGCAAGGCUGGGACACUAAAAAGACUGGGUCAUCGAGACCCAAAUCCUGUGAAGUUCCAGGAAUCAACAUCUUCCCCUCGGCAGAGCAGGAGAGCAGCUCGGCCCUGAUCCCCGGGGCUCACAGCACGGGGGGCUCCCUGCCCGACCUCACCAACAUCCACUUCCCAUCCCCCCUGCCCACGCCCCUGGACCCCGAGGAGUCUCCCUUCCCUGCCCUGAGCAGCUCCAGCAGCACGGGCAACCUGGCUGCCAACCUGGGCCACCUGGGCAUCGGUGCUGCAGGCCAGGGGAUGACCACGACGCCAGCCCCGUCCCAGCACCGCCAGCCCAGCGUGAGCCCCCUGUCCCUGGGCACGGACUCCCGGCGGCCCCAGUCCCAGCAGAUGUCCCCCACGCUGUCCCCCCUCUCACCCAUCACUCAGGCCGUGGCCAUGGAUGCAUUAUCCCUGGAGCAGCAGCUCCCCCCGUACCCCUUUUUCACCCAGACCAGCUCCCAGCAGCAGCAGCAGCCCCCCGUGGCCAGCUCCUUGCCCCAGACCCCCCCUCUGCUGCAGAGCUCGGGGCUGCAGAGGGGUCCCCAGCUGCCCCCCCUGUCUGUCACGGUACCUUCCACCAUCCCCCAGUCACCUCCAGGGAGCCAGAGCCAGCCCUCCAUGGGAAUUGACAUCAACUCGGCCUCUCUCCAGCAGUACCGCAGUAAUGCUGGCUCCCCAGCCAACCAGUCUCCCACCUCUCCUGUCUCCAAUCAAGGCUUCUCUCCUGGCAGCUCCCCUCAACAUUCUUCCAUGCUGGGCAGUGUUUUUGGGGACUCCUAUUAUGAGCAGCAGAUGACAGCUAGGCAGGCUAAUGCCCUCUCCCACCAGCUGGAGCAGUUCAACAUGAUCGAGAACGCCAUCAGCUCCACGAGCCUGUACAGCCCCUGCUCCACCCUCAACUACUCGCAGGCUGCCAUGAUGGGACUGACGGGCAGCCACGGCAGCCUGCACGACCCGCAACAGCUCAACUACAGCCACAGCAACAUCCCCAACAUCAUCCUCACAGUGACAGGAGAAUCCCCCCCCAGCUUAUCAAAAGAACUGACCAGCUCCUUGGCGGGCGUGGGGGACGUCAGCUUCGACACGGAUUCCCAGUUCCCCCUGGAUGAACUCAAAAUUGACCCCUUGACCUUGGAUGGACUGCACAUGCUCAACGACCCCGACAUGGUCCUCACCGACCCCGCCACAGAGGACACGUUCCGCAUGGACCGCCUGUGACCUGCCAGGACCUGCACCCCCGAGGGGCCACACCCCUGCCACCCU